CGCCGCCGCUGCUGCCGCCGCUGCCGCCGCUGCUGCCGCCGCCGCUGCCGAGGCAGCCGUAGACUUUAGAGCCCCCGGUCCAGCGCCCGAAGCCGGCGCCCGCGCCCCCGCCCAGAGAGGGGCGCCCCGAGCCGCGGGCCCCGCACACACCCCUCCGCACACAAGCAGACCCGCACACCACCUGAGGGGCCACCGGCUCGGGGUGGAGGUGAUGUCUCGCCGCAAGCAAGCGAAACCGAGAUCCCUCAAAGACCCCAACUGUGAACUUGAAGACAAGACUGAAGAUGGAGAGGCAGGGGACUGUAAGAAGAGGCCGGAAGAUGGUGAGGAGCUGGAGGACGAAGGCGUGCACAGCUGUGACAGCUGCUUCCAGGUGUUUGAGUCACUGAGCGACAUCACGGAACACAAGAUUAAUCGAUGUCAGCUGACAGAUGGAGUGGAUGUGGAAGAUGACCCCACUUGCUCCUGGCCAGCUUCCUCACCUUCGAGCAAGGACCAGACUUCCCCCAGCCACGGAGAAGGUUGUGAUUUUGGAGAGGAAGAAGGUGGCCCUGGACUCCCUUAUCCAUGCCAAUUCUGUGACAAGUCGUUCAGCCGUCUCAGCUACCUAAAGCACCAUGAGCAGAGUCACAGCGACAAGCUGCCUUUCAAAUGCACUUACUGCAGUAGGCUGUUCAAACACAAGCGGAGCCGAGAUCGCCACAUCAAACUCCACACUGGGGACAAGAAGUACCACUGCAGCGAAUGCGAUGCCGCGUUCUCCAGAAGUGAUCACCUCAAGAUCCACUUAAAGACUCACACGUCCAACAAGCCAUAUAAAUGUGCCAUUUGUCGCCGUGGGUUCCUGUCCUCUAGUUCCUUACACGGACACAUGCAGGUUCACGAAAGGAACAAGGACGGCUCCCAGUCCGGUUCCAGGAUGGAGGACUGGAAGAUGAAGGACACUCAGAAGUGCAGUCAGUGCGAGGAAGGCUUUGACUUCCCGGAAGACCUCCAGAAGCACAUUGCAGAGUGCCACCCCGAGUGCUCCCCGAACGAGGACCGGGCGGCCCUCCAGUGUGUCUACUGCCACGAGCUCUUUGUGGAGGAGACCUCCCUGAUGAACCACAUGGAGCAGAUGCACGGCGGGGAGAAGAAGAACUCCUGCACCAUCUGCUCCGAGAGCUUCCACACCGUCGAGGAACUGUACAGCCACAUGGAUAGUCACCAGCAACCGGAGUCAUGCAACCACAGCAACAGCCCUUCCCUGGUCACGGUGGGCUACACCUCCGUGUCCAGCACGACUCCGGACUCCAACCUCUCAGUGGACAGCUCGACCAUGGUGGAAGCCGCCCCGCCAAUCCCCAAGAGUCGAGGGAGGAAGCGGGCCUCUCAGCAAACCCCGGACAUGACCGUCCCCUCGAGUAAACAGGCAAAAGUCACCUACAGCUGUAUUUACUGCAACAAGCAGUUGUUUUCGAGUCUGGCGGUUCUGCAGAUUCACCUGAAAACUAUGCAUUUAGAUAAGCCAGAGCAGGCCCACAUUUGUCAGUAUUGCUUGGAGGUAUUGCCCUCCCUCUAUAACCUCAAUGAACAUCUUAAGCAAGUGCACGAAGCUCAGGACCCAGGUCUGAUCGUUUCUGCCAUGCCUGCCAUAGUCUACCAGUGCAACUUCUGCUCCGAAGUUGUCAAUGACCUCAACACCCUUCAGGAACACAUCCGAUGUUCUCACGGAUUUGCCAACCCUGCGGCUAAGGACAGCAACGCUUUUUUCUGUCCCCAUUGCUACAUGGGGUUCCUCACUGACUCUUCCCUCGAAGAGCAUAUAAGGCAGGUCCACUGUGACCUCAGUGGCUCCCGAUUUGGGUCUCCGGUGCUCGGGACUCCAAAAGAACCAGUCGUAGAAGUCUAUUCUUGUUCCUAUUGUACGAAUUCUCCAAUAUUCAACAGCGUUCUUAAACUGAACAAGCACAUCAAAGAGAAUCAUAAAAACAUUCCCUUGGCCCUGAAUUAUAUUCACAACGGGAAGAAAUCCAGGGCCUUGAGCCCCCUCUCUCCUGUGGCCAUAGAGCAGACAUCUCUUAAGAUGAUGCAGGCGGUCGGAGGUGCGCCUGCGCGGCCGGCAGGAGAGUAUAUCUGUAAUCAGUGUGGUGCUAAGUACACGUCCCUGGACGGCUUUCAGACUCACCUGAAAACUCAUCUCGACACCGUGCUACCGAAACUGACCUGUCCUCAGUGCAACAAGGAGUUCCCCAACCAAGAAUCCCUGCUGAAGCACGUCACCAUUCAUUUUAUGAUCACCUCCACGUACUACAUCUGCGAGAGUUGUGACAAGCAGUUCACGUCAGUGGACGACCUUCAGAAACACCUGCUGGACAUGCACACCUUCGUCUUCUUCCGCUGCACCCUCUGUCAAGAAGUUUUCGACUCGAAGGUCUCCAUUCAGCUCCACUUGGCCGUGAAGCACAGUAAUGAGAAGAAAGUCUACCGCUGCACGUCCUGCAACUGGGACUUCCGCAACGAGACAGACCUGCAGCUGCACGUGAAGCACAACCACCUGGAGAACCAGGGCAAAGUGCACAAGUGCAUCUUCUGCGGCGAGUCCUUCGGCACCGAGGUGGAGCUGCAGUGCCACAUCACCACCCACAGCAAGAAGUACAACUGCAAGUUCUGCAGCAAAGCCUUCCACGCCAUCAUCCUGCUGGAGAAGCACCUGCGGGAGAAGCACUGCGUGUUUGACGCCAAGACGCCUAACUGCGGCGCCAACGGGGCCUCGGAGCAGGCGCAGAAAGAGGAGGUGGAGCUGCAGACCCUGCUGACCAACAGCCAAGAGUCCCACAACAGCCACGACGGGAGCGAGGAGGACGUGGACACCUCGGAGCCCAUGUACGGCUGUGACAUCUGCGGGGCGGCCUACACCAUGGAGACCCUGCUGCAGAACCACCAGCUGCGGGACCACAACAUCCGGCCCGGGGAGAGCGCCAUCGUGAAGAAGAAAGCCGAGCUCAUCAAAGGCAACUACAAGUGCAACGUGUGCUCUCGAACCUUCUUCUCGGAAAACGGCCUCCGGGAACACAUGCAGACCCACCUGGGCCCCGUCAAACACUACAUGUGCCCCAUCUGUGGGGAGCGCUUCCCCUCCCUCUUGACUCUGACCGAACACAAAGUCACGCACAGUAAGAGCCUCGAUACCGGAAACUGCCGCAUCUGCAAGCUGCCGCUCCAGAGCGAAGAGGAGUUUCUAGAGCAUUGCCAAAUGCACCCCGACCUGAGGAAUUCCCUGACGGGAUUUCGCUGUGUGGUCUGCAUGCAGACGGUGACCUCCACCUUAGAACUCAAAAUCCACGGCACGUUCCACAUGCAAAAGACGGGCAACGGGUCUGCGGUCCAGACCACGGGGCGUGGCCAGCAUGUCCCCAAACUGUACAAGUGCGCGUCCUGCCUCAAGGAAUUCCGUUCCAAGCAAGAUCUGGUGAAACUUGACAUCAACGGCCUGCCAUAUGGUCUGUGUGCCGGCUGCGUGAAUCUCAGUAAGAGCGGGAGCCCGGGCAUCAGCAUCCCUCCCGGCACGAGUAGACCAGGCCUGGGCCAGAAUGAGAACCUGAGUGCCAUGGAGGGUAAGGGCAAGGCCGGGGCGCUGAAGACGCGCUGUUCCAGCUGCAACGUUAAGUUUGAGUCUGAAAGUGAACUCCAGAACCACAUCCAAACGGUCCACCGAGAGCUGGUGGCAGACGGCAACAGCACGCAGUUGAAAACGCCGCAAGUAUCGCCCAUGCCCAGAAUCAGCCCCUCCCAGUCGGAUGAGAAGAAGACCUAUCAGUGCAUCAAGUGUCAGAUGGUUUUCUACAAUGAAUGGGAUAUUCAGGUGCAUGUUGCAAAUCACAUGAUUGAUGAAGGACUGAACCAUGAGUGCAAACUCUGCAGCCAGACCUUCGACUCCCCUGCCAAACUCCAGUGCCACCUGAUCGAGCACAGCUUCGAAGGGAUGGGCGGUACCUUCAAGUGUCCUGUCUGCUUUACAGUGUUUGUUCAAGCAAACAAGUUGCAGCAGCAUAUUUUCUCUGCCCAUGGACAAGAAGACAAGAUCUAUGACUGCACACAAUGUCCACAGAAGUUUUUCUUCCAAACAGAGCUGCAGCUCCGAAGAGACUUGUAUGGCUUUGGUUUAGGAUGAAAGCAUCCAAGAAACAACUGUUGCCAACUAUUAUGGCCAACUUGUGUUAGGUUUUUGUUCUGCAGUAUCUUAAUAUAGGCACAUAGAAGAACACAGGAUAGAUUGCAGUAUAGCUUCCUUUAUUAACAACUAAAAUUCGAAUGAAUGUGGAAUGUCUAUAGUAAGCGCUUAAAUUUUUAAAUAAUGUUAUUAAACUGAUCUCUGUUUUUUACUUUAUGAUAAAAAGUAAUCACACAUCCUCCUGUCAACGUUCUACCAUUUAGAUAACUAUUGUCAUAGAUUCUUGUAUUUAUUUUCUUAAUUUUUUAAAUUAAAAAGAAAGCACCUUUCUGUAAGAUCAGGCUUGAUUCUUUGAGAUAGGAAAAUGCAUGAAAAAGUUUAGACAGUGCAUUUUGAGUAACUGAACUUUUUUUACUGUCUAUAACCUCUUUGAUCAUAAUUAUGUUGCUAUUUAAGGGGAUAGCAAUGUUUCUUAGUCUCAUCAGUAUUUUGAUUACCCUUUAUGUCUACGUGUUGGUGAAAAAUAAUUUGCAGAAGUAUCUAUUUAGAAUCAAUACAAAGAAAAAAAGGGUUGGCAUAAAACUGGUCUGCUCCUGUAUGUACUUUUAGGCGAGUACUACUAAAGAAAAAUUUAAAAUCCAGCUUGUCUUGUACUGAAUUAAUAAAAAUGGUAUGCUUUAAAUAAGGCUGAGUGAAAUAACAUCCUCAUUAUUUGCUGUCAAUCUUCUGACAAAAUGGGCUUAGUUUGAAAUAGGGAACGGAAGACCUGGGUCCUUUUCACAAGACUCAUGUUUCCUUCAUUGGUGCUCUUAGCCCCAGUUGGGCAACCCUGAGCAGCCAAGCCUCUGGUCCUGCAUCCUUUACUCAUCGGGCAGGCAUUUUGCUAGUUUGGUGGGGGAUGAAAAGAUAACAAAGAUCUCUGAGACAAAGCCCUCUGUUGCAAACUUUCCAUAGCUCCUCUUUCCCUACAAGACAAAGCCUGAACUCCUUAGCCAGGUACAGAGGGCUCUUCAUAAUCUGCCCACAAACUUCUCUCUAUCUUUAUUUCUCAUCAGCAUGCUAGGUUCUGGACACUUGAGAAGAUUCCAACCAAACUGAACGAGUUGCAGGUCCACGAACAUACCUUGCAUAUUCUUCUUUGCCUUUACCCACACGGGUCUUUGGCCUGGAAUGCCCGCCCUGCACCCCAAAUGCCUCUUCAUUCAUAUUCAUUCAUAUUAUUCCAGCCUCAACUAAAAUGUCACGAGUUACGUCCACUGCAAAGCCUUCCCCAAAGGCCAGGCAGGGUUAGGCGUGCAUGAUACUCCUAUGGUCAUUUCCAAUAUAAUCCCACCAGGUUGCUUUACCAUCAUGUGCCCACGUGACUUUCUUGAGACUGUGAACACUCUAAAGAUGUGAAGGCAGGGACCAUCCUUCUCCCAUCAGUGGCCCUUGCCUAGCUUGUCAGUCGUUCAAUUAGCCAGACCCGCUUUGCUGAGUGCUGCAAUCCUGGGGGCUACGCCUGGUGGUGAUACCAGGAUUCAAGAGAUGCUUGUGAAGGAAUGAAUAAGUGAAUGAAGACCAAAAUUACAGACACUGGGAGAGAGCCGAAAUUGCAGAUAACCACAAGACCCCGGAUGCAUACAAUAUAAGCAGCAUAAAGCACAGUGGGAAAUCAGAGAAGGGGGAAAGCAGUUUUAGACGGGAUGGGCAUGAAGUGGUAGUAUUUUGUGGUAGACCGCAAGGUUCUGAUCAGAAGGGAUGGGGAAGGGGGUCGACUGGGAGAGGUGGGAGAACGAGGCUCAGGGGAGGCACAGCGGAGGGAAGGUGCACAUCAGGCCACCUCCAGGCGUUUGCUCCAAAUGAAAGUCCCGUGGACCUGUGACCAUCCCCCGUGCAGGCCACAGGCCCAGGUCUGGAGCCCAGUGUUCACCCCCAGGGCCUGGCUUGUAGUUAUAAGUUACCCAGGAGUCCCAGUUGCCGGCUCACAAUUUGGAACCGGGAUGUUGGUUCAGAAAGGGGACAUGCUGUGUGGAUGGAGAGGAGGCCACCAGAAUACAACAAGGACUGCACCCGCUGGGGACGGGGGAGGUUGCAGGCUGCUGUGAUCUGCUCCUGCGCCAGGAUGGGACCCAGCACCAAGCCCACCCCAAGGAGAGGAACUGGAGAAGCUUCCUGUCCUCUCUGUCAGUUGGCCAGGCUGUUCUUGCCCGUAAAGUCUAUAUUCAGGGACAGAUAGAGCCUCUGCUGUUAAGACGUUCACCUUCUAAGAGUGAGUAGAACAAAAGCAUCUGUAAUGGAUGGAAAUGAUGCGCAGAUAAAUGUAACUGUUAAAAUAGUGCUACCCAGGCAUUUGAAAAGACGGUCGUAUCCUGAUAAGAAGAGAUGGUGGAAGGUAGGGCGGCGGUCUCCGGGGAAGCAAAACAGAGGCAGAGAAAGGGGAGACCCCUGGCCCCGCCCUUCCAUCCUGGCUCCCACUGGGGGAGGGGAGGAGCCGGUCCCAUGAGCACCGAUUCAUCUGGGUGCAGAAAUACAGUAUUUAGGUCAUUAUAAAUCAAUCAGCACUUAUAGAUACUUGGUUUGAUGAAAAUACAAUCACUUAAGGUU